AUGCGGAAUGCACCUUUCCUUCUGUUUGGUGCAGGUGGAACACAGGGAGGAGUAAAAAAAGUUACUCAAGGGACUACAAUUUCUUAUACAAAAUGGGCUCUUGUUGAUGGAGCUCGUGCUAUUUUAGCUCCCAUUCAUCAUCCACUCGUUACUGAAUAUUUUAUUCGCCUAAACCAAAAACGUAUAUAUCUUGAAAAAUUACAAGAACAAGGAGAUACAGAUGUAUUACGUCAAUUAAAAAAUAAGGUUGAUGGAAAACCUUUUGAUAAUGUUCAGUGGAAUAUUCAGUACAGAGAUGAACUUGAUGUAGCUGAAGAGAUUUCAGGUUAUUUGCUAAAAAUCAAUGAUAAUAUGAUCUUGAAAGAUCAACUUCAUUCACAGAAAAGUCUAACAGAAGAAGAUCGAGAUCUUCUUCCUAUGGUUGAAGAAGAUAUAAAUGAUCUCUUAAAUCGUGUUAAAGGUAUGGAUGAUCAAGUAAAUAAGGUUAUGGGAAGACGUCUUGAAUCUGGUGAUGCAUUAGGAUCAUCUAGUCGCACAUGGAUAGUAGAAGUUUCUGGUAAAGCUGGUGGCGAAGAGGCUUCCCUAUUUGCUGGAGAAUUAGCUGAAAUGUAUAAGACCUAUUCAAUGGUUAAAAGAGAAUGGAAUAUUGAGAAUAUUGAAGAUAAAGGUGAUACAGAUGGUCCUUCGUCAGGUACACCAGCAGUUCCUACUACUGGAGCAAGAUUUCAAGUUACAGGUGACAGUGUAUAUCGUAGUAUGCGUCAUGAAAUUGGUGUUCAUAAAGUACAGCGUGUUCCUAUAACGGAUCAAGAUGGUAAAAUGCAAACUUCAACAGCAGUAGUUACAUUAAUGCCAGUUCUUGAUCCUGUAUCUGUAAAUGUUCAUGAAGAAGACUGUAAAAUAGAAUUUGUAAGAGGUUCUGGCCCUGGAGGUCAAGGUAUGCAAAGUAGCUCUAACGCUGUUUGUCUCACGCACAAACCUUCAGGAAUUUCUGUAAAGUGUCAUCAAUCACGUUCUGCUCUUGGAAAUAAAGAAUUAGCUUUACAAACGGUAGCUCAACAACUGUUAGCAAGACGUAUAAAAGAUCAGAAUUCUUCUCUUCAUGAUGCUUGGAGGAAUCAAUGGAGUAGUGGUGAACGAUCUGAUAAAAUGCGAACAUACAAUUAUCCUCAAAACCGUGUAACCGAUCAUCGAUUAGGCAAAGACUUUCCAUUACAAACCUUUAUGGAAGGUGGUGGGGCUUUAAAAGAACUCCACGAUGAACUAAACGCAGUGGAUGAUACACAACUGCUAAUCACAGUCUUGCUACGGCAUAUAGAGGGUGAAUUUGGUAGUGUUGUUUGA